AUGUGCGGCAUGGAUGUGGACCUGGAUGAGAGCGGCUCAGGGGAGGAGGAGAAAGAGGAGUCGUUCUGGGUCGGGGAGGGGGUGAAGAUGUUGCCUCCGCCCGUGGCUCACAGCGGGGGGAGCGCGUGGGGCAGCCGCAGGGGCAGGUGUGGCUGCGUGGCCUGCGGCGCGGGCCUGUUGCUGUGGAACGCCGGCGUGGUCCUGGUGAGCGUCCUGCUCCUGGCCGCGGUCUUCUCCGUGGUGCUGCUGCCCACGUUGGCGCUGCUCUACACCGGCUUCCUCUGCCACUCAAGGGUCCUGGACUCCCCAUCCGCGAUGUGCCGUUACCUUGACGAUAACAGCUGCUCCGCUCUCAUCAUCCUCGGCUUCGUGAUGAUGUCACCGCUGGUAGUCGUGGCAGCCGCCAUCUUCUGUGGGUUGCUGCGUAAAUUUCAGCUCCUGCUUCUGAUUCAGCCGAUGGCACGCGCCUGGUACCGUGGACGCAUUUGGGACUGGGCGGGCCACAUCCGUGCCUGGGUCUGAUACAGACGCAGCAGGGACGGGUAAGCAUGAGCGGGUCAACAGUCAGCAGAACGUCCGGCGUGGAGGAGUCGCUGCAUAAUCUGUUUCAGCCGUUGUCAGAAGUGACAUUUAGUUCCGAGGAAACCGUUUUCUUUUCAUUCUGUUGCUGGUUGAAUAAAGAAGUCCUUAC